AUGUUCGCCCACAAGCACGGGUUCAACUCCGUCCUGAAGGAUGGGUACCGCAUCGUGAAGAACAACGAGGACGCGAUCCUGAAGAACAUCGAGGCGUGCAAGGAAAUUUGCGGCAUUAUCCAGACGUCGCUUGGGCCCAAGAGCAUGAACAAGCUAAUCAUUAACCACAUCAACAAGAAGGUGAUUUCCAGUGACUGUAUCACUAUCCUGAAAGAUUUGGAGAUAAACCACCCGGUGGUGAACAUCCUGAAGAAGCUAUCCGAGACGAUGAACUAUGAAUAUGGCGAUUUCACCAACUAUGUUUUUACCUUAACGACGGAGAUGCUCGAUAAAGCUAGCCAUUUGAUUCAGCAGGGGUUCAAUAUCAAUGACAUUCUAACCGGGUUCAUUUUAGGAUACAAAGAAAUCGAAAGAAUCAUCUCCUCCGAGCUGAUUGUCUACAAAAUGGAAAACUUCUCCGAUGAGGAAGAAAUUAAGAAGGUCAUUAAAUCUGUUAUGGUAACGAAGAAUCUGACGAAUAACUUCGAUUUUAUCACCACUCUGUUAGCUAAAUGUAUAGCGACGUUAAUGCCAGAAGAGAAGAUAGAACUUUUCGAUGUGGACAACAUCAGAAUAUCAAAACUGAAUGGAGGGAAUCUAAUCGAUUCUCAGUUCAUCAUGGGAAUGGUAAUCACUAGAGAUACACACGGAAUCGUUAAGAGGAAAGAAAAUGCAAACGUCAUUGUGCUGAACUGUGGAUUGGAAGCAGCCACGACGGAGACCAAAGGGACAGUACUGCUAAACAACGCACAGGAGUUACUGAACUUCACCAAAGGGGAGGAAGAGCAAAUGAAGAAAAUUAUUUCCAAUAUAAAAAAAGAGGGAGUCGAUGUGAUUAUUGUUAAUGGAGCCAUCUCCGACAUCGCACAACAUUUCUGUGAUGCAGAACAGAUCAUGACGUUGAAGAUACCCUCCAAGUUUGAGACCUUACGAUUAUGUAAGCUUCUUAACAUAACUUCCCUCGUCAAGUUAGCUGUCCCCAAACCAGAAGAAAUCGGAAAAGCCUCCUCAAUAUAUGUGUCCGAAAUUGCCUCCAAAAAAGUAACCAUCAUUAAUUCGAUGAAUAAAAAGGUCAGUACUAUUAUCCUGAGGGGGGCCACGUAUAACCUACUGGAUGAAGUAGAACGGUGCAUCCAUGACGGGAUCAAUGCUAUAAAGAACGCCAUCAAAGGGAAUUCCUUCCUUUACGGUGGGGGCUGUAUCGAAGUUCAGCUAUGUGAGCGACUUAAAAAAUACGCUCACCAGUUAAAGGGCGUGCACAACUACAGCGUUAAAGUUUUUGCAGAAUCCUUCCUCGUCGUCCCACGAAUCCUUGCCACAAACUGUGGCUACAACAGUACUGACGUCCUCAACCAACUCAUUAAUGAACACAACAAGGGGAACACCGAUGUGUGUGUGAAUAUAAACAAGGACUCCUUCGUCACCUCCGCUAAGGAUAACCACAUUUACGAUAACUUCAAGUGCAAGAAGUAUGCCAUCGAUUUGGCCAUGGACGCUGUGCAGACCAUUCUCAAGAUUGACCAGAUUAUCCUGGCCAAGCCCGCCGGCGGCCCCAAGCCGCGCGACAAAAACCCGGACUACGACGACGCCUUCUAG